CAAAAUCACCUAUUUAUGAAUUUGUAAUACUAUUAAAAAGUGUAUUAAUUGACAUUGUACUGUGAUCAGUUUUGCUUCUUGUGGUCUUUUCUCCCACCUACCCUAUCCGGGCAAUAUUUGCAAUUGGAUUAUGAAGUUUAUUUCUAAUGGUUUUAAGCUAUCACCCAUGAUCCUUUUCUGCCUAAAUUUUAAUGAUAACUCCUUUAUUAAAAUUAAUAUGACUCUCUUAUUAAUGCCGUCUCUGUGCUUCAUUACAUUUGAUGGAAAUGUCCCUUUGCCCUUUUCAUGUUCUUGUAGAAUAAUAUUUGGUUCUUAGUCUACAAGACAUUGAUAUCUGGAUUUAAAACAGAGAGUAUAUAUAUAUAAAGAAAAUUAGUUUACAUUUUGGCUUCUUGAAAUUAUUAGCCAAUUGUUUUUUAUAAAAUCAUGCACAUUGAACCCACAGGGUUGAACCUCUUAUGUUUAAAAGAAUUUCACUUGUGUAGUCUUUAUUUUACUUUCUUUUUUAACGACCAAUGAUGUUUUUUUCAUUUGCAAAGACCCCCCCCAAAAAAAUAAGGCGAUGGCUUCACACUUAUUUUCAUAGUUGAACUCCAUUGUAGUUAGUUUUUCAGCUUAUUUUAAACUUUUAGAGCUGAAAAACCAAGUAAGUUUGUUGUAAACCAAAUAGUUAGUUUUUUCACUCUAUGGAUGUCACGGGCAGCUUCCUCGUGAAAAAUUAGACGUGUGGGGACAAACGACAUGUAAUUAGCAUAUGUAGGUUGGAAGUUAGAGUCGAAAAUGCAUUAAACCUAGUCAAAAAAGCACGUUCGGGGGGCAAAAAUGCAAAAUAGCCCUUGAACCACUCUAUGGAUGUCACGGGCAGCUUCCUCAAGACAAAUAGGACUUGUGGGGACAAACGACAUGUAAUUAGCACACGUAGGUUAGGAGUAAGAGUCGAAAGCGUCUUCAACUUAAUCGAAAUGCAAAACAGCUUCCAAACCACUCAUUGGAUGUCACAGGAAGCUUCCUCAUGACAAAUUGGACCUGUGGGGACAGAUGGCAUGUAAUUAGCAUACGUAGGUUGGGAUUUAGAGUCGAAAAUGCCUUAAACUUAGUUAAAAAAGUUGUUUAGGGGUGCCAAAAAUGCAAAACAGCCCCCGAACCACUCUAUGGAUGUUAGGAGCUUCCUUAUGACAAAUAGGGCAUGUGGGGACAGAUGACAUGUAAUUAGUACAUGUAGGUUGGGAAUUAGAGUUGAAAACGCCUUAAAUUUAGUCGAAAAAGGGCGUUCAGGUGGUGAAAAUGUAAAAAGGCCCCCGAAUCACUCUAUGGAUGUCAGGGAAGCUUCAUCGUGACAAAUAGGACUUGUGAGGAUAGACGACAUGUAAUUAGCACACGUAGGUUGGGAGUUAACAGUCGAAAAUGCCUUAAAGUUAGCUGAACAAAGUCGUUCAGGGGGCAAAAAUGCAAAACAGCCUUCAAACCACUCUAUGAAUGUUACGGGCAGCUUUCUCAUGACAAAUAUGACCUAUGGGGACAAACAACAUGUAAUUAGCAUAUGUAAGUUGGGAGUUAAAGUUGAAAACGCCCUGAACUUAGUUGAAAAAAGCCGUUCAACGGGUGAAAAUGCAAAACAGCCCCCUCUAGCCACUCUAUGGAUGUCAUGUGAAGCUUCCUCGUGAAAAAUAGGACUUGUGGGGACAGACGAUAUGUAAUCAGUACACAUAAGUUGGGAGUGAGAAUCGAAAACGCCUUAAACUUGGUUGAAAAUGGGCCUUUAGGGGGUGAAAAUGCAAAACAAUCCCUGAACCGCUCUAUGGAUGUCACGGGCAUCUUCCUCAUGACAAAUAGGACCUGUGGGGAUAGGCGACAUGUAGUUAGUACACGUAGGUUAGGAGUUAGAGUCGAAAAUGCGUUAAACUUAGCCGAAAAAAGCCAUUCGGGGGCCAAAAUUGUAAAAUAGCCCCCGAACCAGAGUCGGGGGGAAUGCUUAGCAGUUACAAUAGAAGAGACAUGAGUGAAUGAGAAAACAUUGAUUACUAUUUAUGAUUGUUUAGGUGUAAAUAAAACAUUGGUUGCUUUCUCGUUUGCCACAAGUACUAUUAAUUAUAGAUAACUACUUUCUGAGUCAUCAAACAUAUUUUAUCACUGCUUUUAAUCUUAAGUGUUAUUAUUGAUUACUGUUAUUCACACACUACAAGAAUUUACACAUUUGUUGACCAAAAAAAUUUUAGUCGCAAAAAAAUGACAUUUGCCGACCAAAUUAAAAUUUCAUAGCUAAAACUUUUUUCUAUUACCGACCAAAUUUUUUUUGUUGCAAAUAAGUAAUUUUUUGCGACCAAAUUACAAAUUUUGUCGCCAAAAAUAUGGACGGGAGAAUAAAAUCUGGGCGGGAGCUAUCUGACCUUUCAGCGACUAAUAUAAUUUGGUCGCUGAUACCAAAACGACGUCGUUUUGGUAUCUAAAUUCGCAUACAGACAUUAGCCGACCCACAGGUUGGUAGGGGAUAACUUUACUAAUUCAAACACAUAUAAAUCAUAAAUACGUGCCUCUUUCGAAAGAUCAAUCGAAUUCACACCUCAGUCGAAUUCGAUCAAAGCUCAGUCGAGCCAAUCACAUCACCUUACCAUCGACCUUGCCGUCGGUCUGCGCUGCCGGCAGUCUUUGCAAUUUCUGAUUCAUCUAGGUAUUUUUUUUCAACUUAUAAUAGUUUCUCUCUGUUUAUAUCUCUUCACACCUCACUUUUUCUCUUUGAUUUCUCAUACUUGUCUUGUUCUACAAUGUCUCACCCACCAGGGCCCUCACCAUCGCCAUUUUUCAGAGCAUCUUCAACUCUCUCGAAAAACAAUUUCAGAAUGGCUCCUGCAAAGAAGAUGCGCUGUUUACCACCACCGAAGAGGGAAUUACUUGAACCCUACUCACCCUUGACCGAUACAUGUACACCUUAUCCUGAAGGUCUUGCAGCAGAUGGAUUUGAGCCUAUUGGACCAUCUCUGCCUGAAAUUAAUGUGUUGUCAGGAUCUGAGACUAUUGCACUAUCUCCGUCUCAAACUAAUGCACCGCAUGGAUUUGAGAUUUGUGAAGCAUCUCCAUCUGAAAUGCAUGCACCAUCUCCUCAAAGUCAAACAAGUGGCGCAGGUGCAUCUUCAUCAAGGCGAGUGUGGGGACCAACAAUUGGAAAAACAACAGCAAAAAGAGUUGCCAACAAUAAUGGAAACAAGCUCCACAUUCCAAUCACUGAGACAUUCAAUGCAUUCGAGGGUGCGCUAGCGACCCCAGGAGCUAAUGAGAUUGACAUUCAGAUUAGGAGGAUGUGCCCCAUUCAAGGCGUUAAAAGUUAGACUGUUGCUGAUCCUGCGACAAAAGGGGCUGUUGUACAAGCUGUCCGGAUCAGAUUGUGCUGUGGAGGAGCACUGAUGCAAUGAGUUGUGAUGAGCCCACUUAGCUGGAUGCAGAGCAGCUCUGUUAUGCUACAGUUUUUAGGUGUUGUUCUGUUUGCUAGUGAAAGGUCUGAUGAUCUGUUGUUGAACUAUCUUGUGAUCUGGUGUUCUGUGGCUAGUUAGUCUUGUUUGAACUAUCUUUUAGUCUAUUUGGCUUGCUGAUCUGUUCAUCUGCUAUCAGUCCUUGUGUUGGUCUUGGUGCUAGUCUGGUAGGUUAUGGUGACUAUUAAGAGGGUGUGAUUGCUGAACUAAUCUGUUGGUAGUCUGCUAUUAGUGGCUAAGAAGCUGAACUAAUCUGUUGAUUGAACUAUUAGUACAUUAGUUUUUCAAAAUAUGAACUCACAUAUCUUCUUCAUGUUAUCUGUGCUCUUUAAUUGAUGAUUGAGUAUCGAAUUAGCACAAUAGUUCUAAAAUUAUAAAUUAUACUCUAUCCAACAGAAGCCUUAAAAUGAAUCACAACAAUACUUUUAGUAUUUAAUAUUUUAAUAAAUAUUAUUAACUUUUCUCGUGCAAAUUUCCUAUUUGUGCCAAGAAAGCAUUAGUGAAUCAACCAAUAAUCUUUGCACCAUACGAAUGGCUAGAGUUUAUCCAUCUAUUUUCUCAAAAACCAAACAAACCAGUAGUUUUAAUAUUAUAAGAUAUUAACACUUUUAUUUUGAUGAUCGUUUAACAGUACUUACAAAAAUUAAAGUUAAAAUAAAGUCGUCUAACCAUCCAGAGACUACUAGUCCCUUCCAGAUUGA